AUGCAGGGCCAACGGAACACCCGCUCCCGCUUGCCGCCCGCUGCGGAUGAGACGGAGACGUUUGAUCGCAGGCGGCGAGCCCCGAAACGCCAAUUGUGCGUCCCGAACGCCGAGCUCCUUGUUCCCUACAACGGUUUUCCCGGAAUGGACGGACUUCCCGAGGAGCUUCUCGACCUGAUUGUCGCCGAGUGCGACUUGGUCUCGUUGAAGAGGCUGCGUAGGACCUGCAAAGUGCUUGCCCGUCUGACUACCCCUCGCGUCUUCGAACACGUGCACAUUGGCAUGUUCAUGGAGAGCCUGCAGAAAAUCUGCAGCAUCGCUGCGCACUCCGACUUCCGCAAGAUGGUUAGGAAGCUGACCUACCACGGAGAGCUGCUGCCGUACUUUGAGAACAGAGAGGAGUACGCCGAACGCAUAGACAUGCGACCGCCGUUCAGUCUGUUCUACCAGAUGUAUUGCUUUGAAAAGGGGCUGCCGGUGCUGCCCUCGGGCGACAUGAGGUAUCGUGAGGCCAAGAGCGCGGCGCUCGCAAUCUGGACAAAGCUGCCGAAAGUAGACCCGGAACUAGAUCUGGAUGCCUACUUCAAAGAAUACCAGCACAUCUGGGAGGAGCAGCAGGAGUGGGACGAGGAGCGGACUCUGAUACUCCGACGAGCAAUCUGCAACUUGCCGAAUCUGGAAAUGGCGGAGGUCUCGACGCAGGAGAUGGGAACGCCGAAGAAUAACGGCCCAGUCUGGGGAAGACUGCUGCCGCGGAUUCUGCAGGGGCCCGAUGAUUGGAAGUUUAUUGACUCGAACGAGGAGGCUUCUCUUGGCGUGAGCCUGGACGGAGCGCAGCAGAUAACUCACCUGCUCAAAGCGCUGUGUGAGAGAAGCUGCAAGCCAGUCAAGUCACUAAAGUUCUCCACCAGCAAUAAUGUAUUCUGGUGCCAGGCAACACGACUACCGAUUGUCCACCAAAGUCUAUGGCCAGACGAGCUCGGAGGCCUUGAAAUCGACGGUCGCAUCUACGAAAUGAGAUGUGCUUUUCACAAUCUGACGCAUCUCGAGCUUCUUAUUUCGUUCGAUCAUUUUUGGGACCGGAGAGAUUGGAUAGGAAGUGGCAUGCGAGCCUUCUUACAGGAAGCCAAGAUGCUGGAAAAACUUCAUUUCGGAUACAGUGAAGAAACCAAAGACCGGGAAGACGACCGCUGGGAUGAUCCACUCCAAAUUCUGGGGGACAUACAUUGGCCGGUUUUGCAUACUCUUCGUGCAAGCUUCACGACGAGGGAAAACCUUUUGGUUAAUCUUCUCAAGCGCCACUCUGCGACACUCAAGCGCCUCUCCCUGGUAGACAUGGCCUUAUCAAGAGCGCACGGAUCGUGGGCAUCUAUCAUCGAGCAAAUCCCUCACAUACUCAAAUUGGAGCAUAUCUACGUAGAAUCUCUUUGGGACUCCACGUGCGAGGAGAACGGCGGCGCUGGCCUGUUCGAGUUUUGGGAAGGUGGUGCUUACGAGAGGUCAAUUAUGGACUACUGUAUCAACGGUGGUCAGCCUCCGCUCAUUUAUCCACGAGACUGGAACCAGGCGCAUCCGGAUGAGCCAACACAGGACUAUUUUGCUCCGCUGCGCGGCAGCGACUGGGAAGAAAGUGACGAGGAAUCCAGUGAAAUCGAUGAAGAGGAGAUUUUGGUGGAGUGA